AUGGCCGUUUGUGGUCUUAGAACUGUAUUACUCAUCGUUUGUAUACUUGAAUUGAUAAUUACUAUUCAAAGACAGGUCUUUGAUUUUUUAGGAUACAUGUGGCUGCCCAUCAUAACUAAUUUUCUUAAUAUUCUACUUAUAAUUUUCGGAUCGUUUGGUGCAGUACAAUGCAUCACAAAGUACCUAAUAGCGUAUGCUGUAUGGAGUUUUAUGUGGAUGGUGUGGAAUAUCUUCCUUAUAUGCUACUAUCUAAACCUGGGCACUUUAAAUAGGGAAAGUGGUUUAUUAUCAUUGGGUACUGGUAGCGUUAGUUGGUGGGAAAGCAAUGGAUGGGGCUGUCAGCCAGAAUGGGGAGAAUUGGACAGACCUGGUCUAUGGAGGCCGACUCAUGUUGAAGGCUGCCACUUCCAAUGGUAUCAUGUUGAAUUGGGACAGUCUGUACUUGGUGCCAUUUUUGCUGCCACUGCUAUACCUCUUGCCACCAUUUUAGCCAUUAAGUCAUACAAGAAAAAGACGAAAUCAGAUAAAGGUACAAUAUCCCGCAGACCAGUUUAUACAAUAGAAUUAAGUCCAGCUGAAACUAACGUAAGUGAAAGUAGUUUGAAACCAAUGACACCCCGUCGAGUCAAGCGUCGAUCGGGCUCCCGAGGUAAUAGUUCGUCAGUUCGUAGGUCGCGACGGUCUUACAGGAAUGCUGGUUAUUCAGCUUCAACAGGAUCCUUACCCCGUGAACCACGAUCGAGACCAACAUCUGCACAUUCGUCAUAUUCGAAUUUUCAUGGAACACGCCCAGUUUCAUACCAUGUACCUCGUAAUGAAGAAACUGUUUCGGAAAUUGUUAACAACGCAUAUGAGCCUGCACCGCAAGUUGAAUCAGUACCGAUUGUCGUUAACAGAAACAAUACUAUAGGUCGAAGCAGCAUAAAAUCUUCCGGUUACGAUGUGGCUGGGCCAUAUAAAGAGCCGAAAUCGGUGCGAACGUACGAUUCAAAACCUUUGAGUAAUUACGACGCGAAAUACGAUACAAAUUCGGCAAGAAAUUAUAAUACCAACGUUCCCACUUAUGACAACAUCGAAAAUGUUUAUGACAGAGGUCAGAUGAACACCAAUUAUGAUGGAAGGAUAGAUACCGUUGGCGGUUGUGAGUCUCCUUCGUACGGAUACGGCGACAGCGAAUGGCCGCCCCCGCCCGCUCCCCCAUAUAGCGCGCGAGCCACGCCGCAGGCACCAGGUCCCCCGGCCUAUCAACCUGUCAACGACCUAUAUAACAUGGCGCCAUGAAAUCUAUAUUGUUGACAUUUUAUAAAUGUGCCUUAUUCCAGUGUUUGGAACUUGUGAAGCGGAGUCUCCUGCAUUGUCACAAUUUAACUAACAACAUUUUUUAUAACAAAAUUUUAAAUGUUUUAACAAAACAAAAAACAUACAUACAAUUUGAUAAUUAUGAGAAAAAUUAUUAGGUUGGAACUAACAAUAAAAACGAUUUUUAUUUAAUUAUGUUGCCUAGUUAGUUCUGUUUUAUUAGUAGAGUUUGUUUUUUGUUUGACUGCAGUUGUAGGAGACUGUUUUACUUAAUUUGUUCGACGUGAUAACUUUACAAAGCUCAACACCCUGAUAGGUGUACAAAAAAUUCCCAGGGUAACUUAAAAAUAUUUUGUACAUUAAAGUAAUCGAAGAUUUUCAUCUAGUUUUAAUGUAAGUCAUUGUUGCAAAGUUAAUUAUAGGUUACGAAUUUAGCUUUAACAUAAUUUAGUGCAACGAAAUUAUAAAAAUGUCUAGUUAUCAUUUUUAGUUGUCGUUUUUGACAGCACAAAUUGCAGAACACGGUAUUGUUUUUACUAGAUUUGUUAUUUAUACGAACUAAGUAGACUACAUUGUUUAGUAUAUAAAUUUAACUAUACAUAUAUUAUAAUCAUUCCACCGGUAAGCAGACUGUUGAGAAAUCUCAAUUUAAUCUUCAAUUUAAUAAUCUUAAGGUUAAUCUUAUUUUUACAAUGAGCUUAUUUUUACGUUAAAUGUAUAAAAUUUUGUUGAAGUAUCAACAAAAUACUGUCUCCGUCCAAUGUUUGCCUUG